AGGAGAAGCAGAGACACCCUUGCUGGCUUGGAAGCUUCAGUCAGUGUUCAGAUGGAUUCCACAGACCCAGAGUCACUGAAAUCGGACCUUGACUGUCUGCAAGAUCACCCGCAGUUAGAUGACGACCCGGUUGAAAUAAAAAAACUUCAAGAAGAAUUGACCAUGUGGCAGGAAAAAGUGGCCAUCGCCGAAAGAGAAAACUCACAGCUGCUUCUCGAGAAACACAUUGCAUAUGAAGAGAAAAAGAAGGCAGAGCAAGAACUAGCAGAGCUGUUGGAGGAAACAGAAGGAUGUAAAGAGAGGCCACACCAGGAGGAAAAGCAGAGAGCCAGUGAUGAAACAGGCACACCAGAGCUCAGAUGGCAGAAGGGUAAAAUUGAUUUGCAGAAGAACAAGGUCGAUUUUCAGAUUAAACAGGAUAUCCCUGAAAAGGACAUGAAGUUUACAUCAUUUGAGGUCUUCGAGGAUGACAAGAGGGUUUUAGAUAUUUCCUGCUUGUUCCAAGUGACAGCCCAGAUUCCAUAUGAACUGGAGGAAGGGCAAGCACUCAUCACUUUUGAGUCGGAAGAAGUUGCUCAGAAUGUGAUCAAAAAGGGAAAACAUCUCGUGAACUUGGAGGAUGUAAAGGUGGAACUGGAGGCUAAGCCUGUGCCGCUCAAAAGAGGUGUCACCUUUCAGGUCCACGUAACGGUUUCUCAAAAGAAGAUCAACGUUUCCAACAUUCCCGAGGAGUUACCCAGAGAGCAGAUGAGAGACAAACUAGAACUGAGCUUCUGUAAAUCCCACAAGGGCGGAGGCGAGGUCGAAAGCGUGGAUUACGAUCCCCGGGCCCAAACUGCUGUCAUUACGUUCCUGGAGGCAGGAGUUGCUGAAAACAUUUUGAGAAAUAAAGUAUACCCUCUCAAAACAAAUGAAAACUGCUAUGACGUUGCUGUUUCUCCAUAUACAGAAACACACUUGGAGAAGUUUCAGGUAUUUGAAGGGAUUUCCAGGAGAACUAUCCUUCUGACUGGUCUGAAAGACAUCCAAGAGGAAGAAGAAGACUUGGAGGAUCUGGUUCAUACUUACUUUCAAAAGGAGAGAAACGGGGGAGGCGAGGUAGAGAUUGUCAAGUGUGCCCUGAAGCAGCCUCUGACUGUCUAUUUUGAGGAAGAUAAAAAGGAGAGUAUGUGAAGUCAGCCGGCUGAUCGGGGACACAGAAUUCGACCACCGUUUGAACUCUGGACUAAAAAGACUCUGCAGGUCUUCCUCUCUUUAGAAUAACAAAUCUAGAAUGGUCUAAUCUCUUUUUAUGCUUAAAGAUGAAAUGAACAUCAUUUGGUGGUCCUUUUAUAAAGGGGAGUGACAUUUAUCUCGGGUAUCUUUGUGUAUUAGCUGCCUCUUUAGGCAACGUGAUGCAUUAAAGUCUCUGUCUUUCUCAAAUUA